AUGGGUGGAUGUGUUAGUCAUGAACGCAAUAGUCAAAGUCAUCGUAGACGACGACGCCAUUCACGUUCAUCCCGAAAUAAUCCAACAACUGGUGGAACUGUUGGUCGAAAUAAACCAUUGAAUCGUUCAGCUUGUCGACCAAAAUGGAAAUCCGAUGUACCAAUUACAGAAAAUCAUUUACGUCGUAAACGCGAAGAAUAUUGGGAUACAGCUCCUGCGUUCGAUGGUCGCAAAGAAAUUUGGGAUGCUUUACGUGGUGCAUGUUAUGCAAUUGAACAAAAUGAUAUUGAUUUAGCACAAUCAAUUAUUAAUUGUGCUAAUAUAUCUCUUCCUCAUGGAACACUUCUUGAUUGUUAUGAUGAACUUGGUACACGUUAUCAAUUACCGAUUUAUGUUUUAUCAUCACCAACAAAUAUGAUUGAUGGUGAACAAUCAUCGAUUGAUUCUCGUGGUGAUUAUGAAUCAGGUGCAAGUGAUAUUGGUCUUGCAAUAACAGCAGCUACUGAUCGUGAACGUGAUUUUGGUGGUAAUCAAAGUUCAACAUCAUCAUCAUCAUCUUCAUCAACAAAUAAUCAAUAUUGUACAACAACAAAAUCUUCAACAGGACAUCAUAGCGGUCAUAAUCCAAUAGUACGUGAAAUAAAAAAACAUCGUCGAAAACAAAAAUUAAGUACAAAUACAGAUUCAGGAAAUGAUUCAUCAUCAACAAAUACUACAACAUCUCCAUCAAUUAUUAUUCAACAACAACAACCCAUAAAUAUCGAUCAAGAUAUUGAAAUUCCAAUUAAAUUUCGUUUAUCAAAUGGUAAAGAACAUCGAUUAUAUUGUAAACAAAAUGAAAGAAUACGAAAUAUAAAACGACGUUUAGCGAUGUUAGAAAAUGGAGUUAUUGAUUCCCAAACACAACGUUUAUUUUUCGGCGGAAAAUUAUUACGUGAUCGUUCAAUUAUCUACGAAGCUCGUUUACAACGUAAUUUUGUUGUACAAGUUAUUUUAACCGAUAAACCAAUUCCAACAACUACUGAUCAUUUACCAACUACUACUAAUAAUGAUUUAAAUUCAACAUCAAUUGAAGUAACUGAUUUAAAAUAA